AUGAAGACGUACGACUACAUCAACCGCGUUGAUAUAACGCUUCCGCGAACGGUCUACGAGGGUAUUUACCAGUGUGCGUAUAAUCCCUUCUUCCUCCUCCUCUGGCUCACACUCACACUCACUCCACCCAUCGGAGCUCCCGAAAGCAAGAGAGGGACGCCAGCGGGUGUUCCCCACUCUGCCAAGUCCAAGACGGGGCAGAAGAUGGUCCAUCGAAGGCGCUCUUUGCUUGAUGAAGGCAGCAGCAGCCGAAACGAAGACGGCGGCGGCGACGAUUUUGAGCGUACGGCUAUGGGAGGGACGCCAGCGGGUGAUUCCCCCCAUUCUGCCAGGACCAAGAUGGGACAGAAAAUGUCAUUGGCGCAUCGAAGGCUCUCUUUGCUUGACGAUGGCAGUAGAAUCAGUAGACACAUUGCUGCUGCUGCUGCUGCGGCUGAUGAUGAUGGUGGUGGUUCUGAGCAGAUGGGUGAGGAGUUCACUGUUGAUGUUGCUCAGAAGAAUACGGCAGUUGAUGACAGCGAUGAUCCAGAUGGUAGCGGGGAUGACUUUGUUCCAUUGAUAAUGAUGAGAACCAAGAAUGUGAAGAGUGAGCCUGGAAAGCAUCCCGGCUUCCGAUAUAAACACAAAGCCCAGAGAACUAUCAAUAAAACUUAUAAAAGGAAGAAGACAGGGAGGUCAGCAGGUCCAGUAUAUGCCAAGAGAAAGAUAGAGAAGAAGCCAAGAUUGGUUGGCAGCAACAACAUUAGUAAGAUAUCUGAUGAUGAUGGCCAGAAGAAAUAUGCAAGAGCUUUGGAGGUAGAAAAGAAAUUGCCAGCAGAAGGUCCGAGCUUCGUCAAGCUUAUGCAGAUAUCACAUGUUGUAAGGGUUUUUUGGCUGGGUGUCCCGGUUAGCUUUUGCAGAGAGCAUCUUCCAAACCAUGAUGUUACAAUUGUAUUAGAAGAUGAGGAUGGCCUCCGGUUUGAUACAAAUUAUCUAGCGCGCAAGCAGGGCCUCAGUGGUGGGUGGAGUAGAUUUGCAACACGACAUCAUCUUAAGGUCGGCGAUGCCGUGGUCUUUCAACUCGUGGAACAAACAAGAUUCAAGGUGUAUAUACUGAGAGAGAGUAAGUUCACUACAACCGAUGGAGCACUCAGUCUCCUGAGUUUAGACACGUCCAUGGAAAACAACAUGCCCGAAAAAGGAGGAGAAGAUACUUCUGAUGAAGAUGUCAAGUCCAAGGAGGAUCCAGAAGUCACCAAAGUCAUCACCAACAAAGCAUCCGAUGACGAUAGCAACGACCCUUUUAGUGAAGCAGCAGCAAACGGAGGCAUCAGAUCCCCAGAUCCAGACCCUGAUUUCGACGCCGUGAAAACAUUCAGAGCCUUCAAGAUGGUCAUCGACAGUUCUGUCAUCGACCGCAAACUAGUCCCUGAUCGCCUGCUUUGGACGUACUACAAGCUCUGCGGCGACCGGAAGGCGUUCCUCCACAGGCGUCUGCCGAAGCACAUAAACCUGACGCUAGCAGCAGGGGUGAUAGUAGAGACGGCCAGCAUCGCUGAGGGCAUCAGGUCCUAUCCCUCCUCCUGCUCUUCCUGCGAGGACCUCGCGGCGUGGAAGAAGACCCUAGAGUCCUUCGAGCUGCUGGGAAUGGACGUGGGCUUCAUACGCAAGCGCCUCGAUGAGCUCCUUUUCCUCCUUGACGCCCGGUCAUCGGAUGAUCAUCUGCCGGAGGGGUACGAGGAGGUGAAGCUGGAGCGUGCUCGUGCAGCAGAGAAGGUGAAGGCCCUCGAGUCGAAGAUGGCGAGCCUGAAGGAUGCUCUCAAGGAUAUGGACAUGGAGAUGGAGGAGAUCGCGGAGAAGAGGAGGGGCCAUGCUAUGCUGCAGCUGGCGGCCGCGCCAUGGUGA